AUGUAUACGCUCUCAGCUGGUUUAUGGGAAAAGUUUUUCAAAAAGAGGGAUUAUUAUGUGGUCAUUGUUGGUCUAGAUAACGUUGGGAAGACGACUUUUCUCGAGCAAACCAAGUCCCACUUCGUCAAGGGUUAUGGUGCCCUCAACCCAGCUCGAAUCACAAGUACAGUGGGCUUAAACAUUGGUAAAGUCGAAAUCAACAAUACUUGUCUAAACUUCUGGGAUCUCGGCGGGCAAGAAGAUCUGAGAACACUUUGGGUUAAUUACUAUGAUGAAGCGAAUGCGCUAAUUUUCGUGAUCGAUGCAACAAGAAGGGAUUUGUUCGGAGAGGUUGCUAAGGAAGUAAUGUCCAAUGAAUACGUGCGCAUGUUACCAGUACUAGUUGCAGUUAACAAAAGCGAGAUUGAAGGUGCUGCACCUGCUGCCGAGCUUUGGUAG